AUUGGGCUAUAAUAUAUUACAAAGAUAAAUGAAGCUUUUUGUUAUUGCUGUACUUACAUUCGCUAUUGUGUCAGCAUCAGCUGAUGUUGCCCAAUUGAUUAAGAAUACCAAGCACUCCUUGGGUGACUAUGAUGCUAUAUCAAUUGAAGGCGAAACUACUUCUCCAACUGGAGUAGACUCUAGUUUCUAUCUGAGAUUUGAUGAGGGAAACAAUAUUUUCUCUUACACUCUAGGAUUCGUAGACACUGCUUUCGGCAAGUUCACUAACUUGACUUAUGCUUGGAACUUCAAUACUGAGAAGAGCUACAUUCACACCACUGGCGACGACUUCUGCAUGGAUGAUGAAUUUGAAAGGCCAUAUGGAUCAGACUACCAAACCUUCGCUCAAUGGGCUAUGGAUUUCUACACUGACCAUUCCACUAGAGAAUACACAAAGAUCGACGGAGUGAUGCAUGUUAUAGAGCACACUCUCUACAAUGAAGAGAACGACAUAUACAUUACCGCUCCAGAAGAAACCUAUGAUGCAGACAGAGUGUACGGUAUCUUCCAAGGAGACGACCUUGACGUGAAGGUUACCAAAGUUGACUUCCAAGCCACCUUCACUGUGGCUGACCACAUUCCCUCUGCUUGCCCAUAAUUUGUUCUGUUCUGAUCAGGAAUUAUUAAUU